CAAAAUGGCGCUUGGAAAAUGUCUGUCAAUGUUGAACUACGAUGACGCCUGCAGUAUCAUCAGCACACGUGAAAGUGAAUGUAUGCGGGAAGUUGAAGUUCUUAGUGUUUUAUUUACCCAAUAAAUAGUGUAAAUAAAUCAUAUUUUUGAAUGAAGAAUUGUUGGAAAUAAACGUGAAAUGUAUAUCUGUUUCGAAAAAUAAAAAUUUCAGUGUGGAACGUUUUGACACCGGAUGUAGAGUGUUUAGUUGAUGUGUAGACGGCGACUUGACUGUGAUUGUUGCAAGAUUUGAAAUAAUAAUGGAGUGCAUUGUUGCAAACGUGGAUCAUAUGCGCUUUGAUAUCGAAGUUGCUCUUGAUGAACAAUAUGGUGCACUCCCUUUACCAUUUACUGGAAUGGACAAAUCUACCGCUGCGGUAUGUCAAUUUUAUCCGAGAGGUACUUGCAUUAAAGGAGCUUCUUGCCCGUUUAGGCAUGUCAGAGGAGAUCGUACAAUUGUUUGUAAACAUUGGUUAAGAGGACUCUGUAAAAAGGGCGAUCAGUGCGAAUUUUUACACGAAUAUGAUAUGACGAAAAUGCCGGAAUGUUAUUUCUACUCUAGGUUUAAUGCCUGUCACAAUAAGGAAUGUCCGUUCUUACACAUCGACCCAGAAACUAAAGUUAGAGAUUGUCCCUGGUAUGAUCGUGGAUUCUGUAGGCACGGGCCAUUAUGUAGACAUAGACAUGUGAGACGUGUCCUUUGUAUGGCUUACCUAGCUGGUUUCUGUCCGGACGGACCAAAUUGCAAAUUCAUGCAUCCACGAUUCGAAUUGCCAGCCGUGCAAGACAUGCAGCCAAAAGAAGGAAAGAAAGUCAUGAUCACUUGCCACUUUUGUGGAGAAGGUGGCCACAAAGCUAUCUACUGCAACAAAAUGCCACCAGAUGUAAGGGAGGCACAAGUUAGACAAGAAAUAGAAGGCAAUUCUCACGCAGCACAUCAUAUGAACAUGCACAAUGGACCGCCACCACGAGGGCCACAGAAACCCCUGGAAGAGGUCACCUGUUACAAAUGUGGAACAAAAGGACAUUAUGCCAACAAAUGCCCAAAAGGCCAUCUAGCAUUUUUAAGUCAUGCAGGAGGCAGUGGAGGUGGAAAUCAGAAUCAAAAUUACCGCAGAUGAUUUUACUUACUUUAUUUGUACAACGUUGAUAUUGUGAUUCUAUUUUAUUUCAUUAAGGUCACUUACCUGUAAAAAUUUCUAUAUCGCAUAGUAAAGUAAGUUUAAUACAACCAA